UGUUUGUAUAUACAUAAAAAAAGGGGGAAAAAAAUACAGGAAAAGAUUACCUCCCCCCUCUCUGCUUUGGACGCCCAGAGAAUGUGUCCCGACCGCCCAUUAUUAAAUGAGCUACGGUCGACCAUACGAGCGCCGCAUUGUUUUUUCCUGGAGAGACGUAAUGCCUUGCAAACGAGCGAAGCAUGGCAGUUGCUCAGUGUUAGGAUGUACAAAUGAACACAAAAGUCUAUUUUUAGUUCCUUCAUCCGAGCCUCUGAAGAACCAGUGGGUUAAUUAUAGUUUCUCUGGAAAUGUGCCGACACAACUUCCCAAAGUGUUAUAUGUCUGCGCCAGACAUUUCACCGACAACUGUUUCCUUAACUUGGGCCAAUACAGAGCUGGACUUGCUGAACGUCUGAAAAUUAAAUCUGGUUCAGUACCAACUCUCCUUUGCUCAGCUACAAACCUUGGACAAGCCAGCACAUCAAGCACUUGCAUUCAGCUGCUUCUCUCAAGGAAUGUUGCCUGCCAGACAGACCACCUCGAAACACAUACUGUAGGCACACAGCUAUCCUUAAAGACUUGGCUGCCCCACUUUAGCAGUAAAGAAGACUGUGAUGCCUUUGGAGACCGUAGCACACAGCUCGGCGCCACCUCAGAGAGUCUGCGUGUGGACAAACCUGGCUCCUCCCAUAUGUCCUGUCACAGCGAGGAGCUGAGGAUUCUGACCGUCCAUGGAAAAGGGGAGGGCCCACUGGCAGUGGAGGCCUUGAACUUGCUGUCUGCGGACCACAGCGUGGCCAAGAGCCUGGACCGCAGCGAGCGGUUGGUCUGCCGCAAGGAGCCGAGUGUGCAGCAGCAGACCCCAGACACCAUUUCCAUCAAGGUUGAAGAGGAUAUUGGUAGAGGCAUGUCCGCUGUAGAAGACUGUAAUGACAUUAGAGACUGCAGCACGCAGCGCAGCGCCUCCUCGGAUGCGUGAAGCGCUUCAGUCUGAGCUCCAGCCUGAAGAUCCACAUGAGGACUCACACCGGGGAGAAGCCCUACAGGUGUGACCAAUGCAAGAAGAGCUUCCAAAGGGAAAGGCUACCUGAAGCGCCACAUGAUGACUCGCAUCGGGGAGAAGCCUUAAAACUGUGACCAAUGCACAAACAUUUCAGUGAAAGCUCCACACUGAAGAUCCACAUGAGGACUCACACCGGGGAGAAGCCCUCCGUGUGACUGCAGUGCAACCCCAGCUACAGCGACCCAAGCAAUUUAUGUGUGCACCAAGGGGGGGAUUUCAUGACGGCCGCCGUUGUGCACUUUGGCCUUGAUUCCCUUUUGAAAAUCAUAUGCCCAUCGGCCACCCGUUUUGUUUAUUUCUCUCUCCUAUCAAGUCCGCCCCGGCAAUGGAAUGUACUUGAUAGGACAACAGUAACGUUAUCUACAAGUGUGACCAAUAAAAUGCAAGUGUUACUGUACGUUCACACCAAAAGCUAUAAAAGAUGAGAAAUCGCCGAAUAGCUCAAAAUGUAACGCUGUCCAAAAUAUUUACAGCUCAUAUCGCUCUUGCGAUUUUGCUUUUCCAUUUAAAGGAGCCGCGCUUUUUGCCUACACGCUCGUAGUUGAGGCAAGUGCUGCUGCUGAUGCCAAGCCACCAAAACACAAAAUAAGCAAAAGUUUGGUCAAUGGAAAAAGAAUUAUAACCAUCAAUACAUGAAACGCUGAAUAACUAAUUAAUGGAGUGAUUGCUUAUUUGCUAAAUUAUAGCUUAAUUGAUCGCUAUCGUGUGUGUGUGUGUGUGUGUGUGUGUGUCUGUUUAUUAUGGAAAAGAUCCGCUCAACGGGAGCAUUUGUGCCAGGCAGACACGGCAAACUGACAAAUUAGAAGACAAAUUAGAAUUGUUGUGCGGUAUCUCCCUGCUUCUGUAAUGCGCGCACAUCUCCACCCACCGCUCGUCGGUUGGUUUCCAUCAGCAUUCCACUGUGCGACCAUCCCUGUUGCGUAAUGCGGAUUGUGUAUGCCCUCAUACAUUGUUGAAGUCAUAUGCUGGAUGCUUUAUUCUUUCUGUGUUUUUUAGUUAAUGAUCGGGCUAUAAUAAAACCAUGUUGGCUAUGCAAUCGUGAACAAAUACGAUACCCUGCAAUAGCCGCAUUUAUUUUCUCAUGCACCAUGAUGAAGGAACAAAUGUGUCGUUGGAACUAGGAACUAAAGUUCUCGCGUAUGUUUACUGGGACCCACGCCGGCGAGAGACAUCUACAUUCUGAUUGGCUGGCGGUCAUUUACAGCCGAAACGCUACUAGCUCAUUUGCAUAGGGUUGAGCUGUUUUCAACUCUCAUUUACAGCUUUCAAGCUAUCGCUCAAGCGUUGUAUCGCUCCAAUCGCUUUAUCGCUCAUGUCUAAUAGAAAGUGAAUGGGCGUUUAUCGCUCAAAACGCUUUAUUGCUUUUGGUGUGAACGCACAGUUAAAAAGCGGUCGUUGACGGGCUGCCUGAUCCAUACAGCACAGAAAUCCCAAAGACGACUUGACAAUAAAUGUAAGCGUUCGAAAAACAAUCAACAAUUAGCUAUUGUCUGAAUCAAAUAGCUUUUAAGUAGCUUCGCUCUUUUAUUUACCAAAUAAUGUGGUAGCGCCCACAUAAGCUACAUUUUUCUCAAGCGUUUCUGAAGUUCCAGCAAAGCGGAGCUUUUUGGUGCACAUGCUCAAGCACAAGGUCAAUGGAGUGCUUUGACAUGGGGCAACGGGACGCUUUGAUUGAACUUCUAUCCUGUAUUCGUUGAAAUUAUUGCUUUAAGUUUCCUUUCAUCCUGAUUGAAAACGCUUUCCAGCUUUUUAUUCGCAUACUGUUUUUAAUAAUUGUCUGUUUGAAUAACUUAUUUUUAGGACACUUCGGACAGCACAAUAUUUGAGAACUUGAUCAUGGGAAGAUACAGGCAGAGAAGUUACCAAUCAUACAUUCAAAGAGAUGAUGGGUGAACAUUAGGGAUGGGUCAGAAUAUUCGAUUAUUCGUUCCCGACGGUCAAAAUUGAUUUUUAACAUUUGGACCGUUAACAUUUUUUCCCAUUCAAAUAUAAUGUUUUUCACAAGCCAUAACUUUUUUUCCCUGGUAACGCCUGAGGGUUUGACUAAUACCUGGAACAAUCAUUACCAUCUGUUACGCGCCUCCCUCCGCCGGAUCGCGAGCCGUGUUGUAAGGGUGGCCGUAACACCAUCCCGUAAGGUUCUUAUGCAACGGAAACGUUGUUCACUCCUCAUAGGAAAUAGGUCGGACCUUAGCUACGGCUUGGCAAUGGGAGGUAUUCUAGUCCGCUCAGAUAUGAGCCAGAGAGCUAACGUUAUGCAUUGUACAUAUUUAUAAUUAAAAAUUCGUCCCAGCCUUGAUACAACAGAUACUCAGCAUAUAACCGUGUGGUCUGAUUACAGUUUAAUUCAUUUUUCACAAUUUACCAGCUCGUUUUGAAGACAAUCACCGCGUCAUUAGUUUCAAUGGGAUUCGGGACGGUCUAUAAUUUCAACAUAAAGUGUACAUAUUUAUAAUUUGAAAUUCGUCCCAACCAUUACACCAAAGAUACUAUAGGGCCUAUCGCAAUUAACCGUGUUUUCAGAUUACAGUUUAAUGCAUUUUUCACAACAGAUAAUUUGACUGGAACUACUUUUUCUUUUUGCGUUUAAGAUAUUAAGUGAUUUCUUGCCGAUGAUCCAUGGCUGCCUUUGUGAAUGUCGACACGCAUUGAAUAAUCGAUUAUUCUUUCACACCACCCACUGAUUAUUUGAAAAUUUUGAGUUAUUCACAUCGCUAGUGUACUUGACUCUUACUUUUACAUCGUGGCUAAACACAAAGGUCAGGGGGAGUUUAGCAUUGGCCAGAGGAGAGACCAAGUUCAAUUGCAAUACACUAUGGGUGAAGUGGACUUGGCCGCAAGAUAGUUAAAGGAAUCUAUACGCAACAUAGUUAAAGGAAUCUGCACAACAUGAAGUCAGUUGAUACGCCUCUUUAUCAGAUUUGGUGGCUACAGUUGCAAUGCAAAUGCAAACAGACUUGACACCUUUCAAUAAGAGGGCGGGAAGUAUCUCUAGGUUCAAGGAGAAUUAAGUCAUUCCUUUCAAUUGACUAAUUAUAUAAACAUUUAUAAUGUUUAGGCUUAUUACAAAUUGCCUGCAAAGUUCACUUGUGGAGUAGACUGCAGUAUAUUGACUAAUUGCUGUCUUUCUAAGGCCAUUAUUUUCUAGUUCAUACCUUGGAUUGUAUCACAAUAGGCAAUAAUGGUUGAAAUGUAUCCACUAAAAAGGUCACUGGUUAAUAUUGAUUGCGGAGAUGUUUGAGUCAGUUUACGGUCCUCCCCCUAGAAUGCAUUAUUAUUCAAAUCAGAUUCCUAUUGUUCACCCUUCACUCCUUGUUUGUCUAAAGAAAGUUAAGCGAAAAGAAGAUUCAUUUAUCAUGUUAACUUCAAGUGUCAAAGACAUCAGAACGAUUUUUUUAAUGUUAAAUCAAACGUUUGAUACAUUGCUUCAAGGGAUAAUAUCAUUCACAUCAACAUUAUCCAGAUUACAUGGACACUUAAAGGAGCCAUAUUAUGGUGUUUCCCAACAAGUAAACAUAGUAUAUGAGUUCCAGAAAACAUGUUUUUUUGUUUGCUGGAAAUCGCUUUUAGGAAAACAAAAAUCUCGUCUACCGCUAUUGCCCUCUGUCUCAAUCUCUUCAGAUUGCGCAGUGUCUGGUGUCUAGCUUUAAUGCAAAUAAGCUGCUGCCCAUUGACCAAUGAGCUGUCCGAGUGAACCACAGCAUGGAGGAGAAGUAUUUGUUGCCGUUUGCGGACCCUUUAA